CUUUCGAUAUUUCUUAAUAAAGAAUAUUAUUCUCUUCCGAAUGUUAACAACCGCAGGUCUGUAGCUGCUUCCUAUCCGGAGUUAUUCAACUUACAACCGACUCCAUUGUUCAUUGAAAUGGAUAGUACAUAGUUUUUUUAUUUUGUUUUAGGGCCACAGCUUGUUCUAAGUGGCUAUGGUUUAGAUGUAUUUGGCCAUGAUGUCGUAAGAGGAUAUGGAGCAACACACAUUCCAAUCACACCAGGACGGCAUAAAGUUCGUAUACCGUUGUUUGUUCCACGUUCUACGUCUCUUUUUCAUCAGUUUUUGGCAUGGAUGUUAGGAAGAAGACCAGAAUUUGUCGAUCCAAAAGUAGUCGCCUUCAAUUCAGGAAGAGAGAUGACUCGAGUUCGUUCACAAGGCUAUAUAAAUCUUACAUUCAAUGUUGUUACGAAAGAUUUACAAGCAUUGGGUUAUCGAACUGAAAGUUCAGACAGAACUCAUCCAUCCACACAAGGUCAACAUCAAGCGUCAUAUCAGCAGCUAUCUGAUGGUCCUCUAUCGGGCGGUAGAGGAGGCGCUUUACACUAUGAAAAUAGAGAUAGAAUGUAA